CGCCUUAUAAAACCCCCCUUCCUUCCCUUAUAUCUUAUCCAAGAAACAUUCCUCAAGCUAACCAAUCUCAAGGUAAUAAGCAGUAGAAGAUUCAUCAGAGAUUGAGCUCAAAGAUGAAAAGCCAGAAUCAUGGACAGGUGAUUGGAAUUCCGGUGACUAAUGUGAGAUAUGCCGCUGAAUGCUCUCUGUAUCGACAAAAUACAAGGGGCUCGGUUAUUAAUUGGAUGAACAAGUUCAGCAAGAAGGCUGAUAGCUAUGCAAGAGGAAUUAGAGAUCAUGUCACUUUGGCACCAAAGAUAUCUGAAACUGUAAAAGGAAAGUUGAGCUUGGGAGCAAGAAUUCUUCAGGCAGGAGGAAUAGAAAAAGUCUUCAGAAGAUAUUUCUCUGUCAAUAAAAGAGAGAAGCUUCUGAAAGCCUGUCAGUGUUAUCUAUCAACAACAUCUGGUCCUAUUGCAGGAUUGCUCUUCAUUUCUAGUGAGAAAAUAGCAUUUCGCAGCGACAGACCAUUAACAUUCACUUCCCCUGAAGGAGAUUUGAUCAGAGUUCCUUACAAAGUUUCAAUCCCAUUGAGAAAGAUAAAGAAAGUUAGUCCAAGUGAGAACGUGGAUAAGCCUAACCAAAAGUAUGUGCAGAUUGUGACAGUUGACGAUUUUGAGUUUUGGUUCAUGGGGUUUGUGAGUUAUCAGAGAUCUUUCAAGUAUUUGCAGCAAGUAAUCUCAAGAACAGGAAUGAGCCCUUAGCAUCAAUAGGAGAAGUUGGAAAAACCUGCACAUUAACAUCUUGUUAUUGUAAAUUAGAGCGUCGGUUCAUCACCAUAGUUGAACAAGGAUUGUCUGUUUUUGCAUCUAUCCUUCUGUACAAAGAGAUGGUGAUAUACUACUACUUGUGAUACAUCUUGUAAAGAAAUACCGUAUUCUGUGCUCUGUUAAUGAGGCAACAGUUAGUCGUAUAUUAGCAACAAAAAAAAAUUGAGCACAAGUCCUAGUUUUGAA